AUGAUGGCUUUCAAAUACAAAGGUGUGUACUUAAAGAUACGACCUGGUCUAAGACAAUUCCAUGCGUCUUCAGUGACGAGGAUCAAUCCGCUAUUGCCGUUCGACCUUACUGAAGACCUCGACAAUGACGAGCUUAAAGAGAAGACUCGGAAACUAGAGAAAGAAAAGGCCAAUAAAGAGGAGGAGGCACGACAGAGAAAAGAAGAUGAGAAAAAGGGCUACACCGGCAUUAACAGGUACAAAACUCCCUUCGAGGAAGAAGAGAAGAGACGCAGAGAAAAACGUGAAGAGAUGUGGGGCAGGGUGAGGUCAGUGCUCAUGAAAAUUCUGGAAACAGGACUGAUUACCCUGAGUUCUCUAGGAGUACUUGCUGGGGGUGGAAUUGCGUACCACAAGUUGUACAAGUACAACGUGCUGGACAAGAUCUCAGCUGCAUUUGACGAAGGCGAUCGAACGUUUCAGUUAACGAAACACAAAAGGGCUAGAGAUGACGACGAAAAGCAGUGGGUUUACAGACCACAACAAGAUAUAUUUGAUGAUAUUGUUCAGGGUAAAAUCGUGGGUCGUUACUUUCUUCUGGUAGGCGAGAAGGGAACAGGGAAGACGUCGACAGUUCUGGAAUCUAUAAAAAAGGUGAAUGGUAAGAAUUGUGCCAUUGUGGAUGCAAUUUCGGACCCAGAAUUAUUCCGGAUCCGUAUUGGCACUGCAAUCGACUUUGAAUUCCAUGAGGACUACAUUGGGUCACUAUUCUCGAUCAGGGGACCAAGAGACACAACUGCGUUGUUAGAUAUAGAAAGGGCUUUCCACAAGUUAGAAGAGGUCGCAGUGAGGAAGGUCAAACAGACUGGAAGGCCUUUGGUUCUGGUUAUUAACAACUCGCAUUUGAUCAAAGAUGACGAGGAAGGAGUGAAAUUGGUGGAAUUGCUUCAGCAGAAAGCUGAGUCCCUCAGUGGAGCUGGGCUGGUUACUAUGAUUUUCAAUUCUGAUGACUACUGGUUGUACGAACGGAUGAAGAGGCUGGGGACUCGACUGGAAGUUAUCAAUUUCAAUGACUUGAAGAGAAAAGACGCUAUCAAUGCGUUGAAAAUCGCCCGUCAAAGGUUCUUCAACGAGACAAUUUCGGAGGAGAUGGCGUCCCAAGUGUUCAAGCUGAUUGGUGGAAGACCUCAGCACAUAUCCCAUGUCGCUGGACAUGAAGACGUUUUAAAGGCAUGUAACGAGAUUAUUGAUCGCGAGAAGACUUGGUUUUUGAAUCAAUGUGGCCUUCUUGGUGAAGAUAUGGAUGAUGAUGUUAUGGAGAGUGGUAAAUUCUCUACGAGCGCUAUGCUUUUGAUGCGCGAAUUGGUAGAGAUGGAUAGGCAGAGAGUGGCCAAUCAGAAAGCUAGUGAAAAGGCUAAUGAUGGACUCGAGCACGGUGAACAUGUUUUGCCAGAGGUGCCUCUUUGGAGGGCCAGACAGAUCAUGACCAGAUCAGACUAUAUUCAAUCGUACGAUAACCUCAACAUCUUUACGAUCGACUCUCAUUCGCGCGUCAGGGCCGAUAGUGUUCCGAUGAUGAGAGCAUUUCAUGAAAUUGCGUCUCAACCCGGAUUUGACGAUUUAUUGAACGAGACUAUCUCGCGUGUGGCUGACAUAGAGUCUUUGGGCCGUACUAGAGAAGUCAUAGCCAAAGAUCUCAUGCUGGGAGGCCACUACCGGGUGGAGAAAAAGAGGAAUGAUGACCGGCAAACGUCCGAUGUUUGGCUGGAAGGAGGCUCAAGAAGACUGUUUGAAGAGACCAAACAAGAGGACGCCGUAGCAGACGAAUCUGAGCCACAUCUGCGCCUGGAAGAAUUCUCGGAUGGCGCCCACAAGCGUUGGUGGACGAAACGGCUUCAACACUAUGGUACCUAUGUGAGUACUGGUAACGACAAAUCAGAUGAUUUGACAGACCGCGACCAGGUUCUUGAUUUGAAUCGGACUUCGGAUGAUGAAAAUGACGAGGCAUGA